AUGUUGCAAGAUCAGUCCAUCCCGAACCUUGUCUCAAAAGCUAUUGUCAGUAAUCCCAACAACACGUAUGUCGCUUCAUUUACAUCGUUUAGUGAUGGUGCAAUUUGUGAUGGUUCGUACUUUUUCGGCAAAUUCCCACCAAUCGUAAUAGAAGUACAGCAAAUCGUCAACGAAAACUUCAUGAGCCGAGCCAUCUGUUAUUGCCUAAAUGUCUAUCAGCAGUUCAAGGAAUAUCUGGUGCUGGUGAUUUACUGUGUCAAAAACGUUGCAUCAAAAUCACUGGCGUCCAAGUUCAUCAGCCACCCUCAAUUUCCAUAUUAG